AUGAUUGAAAAUAGAGAUAACAUCAAUGUUCUCGAUCUUCAAAAGGAGUUAGAAGAAUGUAGAUUAAAAUUGGAAAGUGCAUUAAAAGAGAAUCAUGAUUUAAUUCAAUCUGUACAAAAACUAUCAGUUACCAAUGAAGAAUUACAAACAAAAUAUGAAACUAUCAUUAGUAAAUCUGUUCCAAAAACAUCAUCAUCAACAUCAUCAUCAUCAUCAUCUACUACUACUACCACUACCACUACUACUGCAACCAUCUCAUCAAAACCAGUUAAAGCAACAACUACUACUGGAAGACCAUCAAUUGGUGGAACUACAUCAAUUUCAUCACCAUCCAAAUUAAAACCAUCAACUAGUACCACAAAGUCAUCAUCAUCCACUACUACCACAAAACCAUCAACCACUGUUGCUCCAUCAAGACCAUCAGUUGCUUCAGCAAAACCAACCACAACCACAGCAUCAAAACCCUCAAUUUCAAAACCAUCAGUUUCAAAACCAUCAACUACCAAAGCCCCAUCAACAGCUGCUGUCAAGACUACCACCGUUGCUAAACCAACCAUUACUGCCACUAAAUCAACACCAACCAUCAUCAAGCCAGCUGUUUCAUCAUUGGUAAAGCCAACCCCUUCAACCACUUCAAAGGUUUUAUUUUUAUUUAGAAACCCAGCAGCUGCCCCUUUAGGCAAAGGUCUUGUUAAAACUGAAUCAAAACCAGCUCCAUCAGCUGUUAAGAAACCAAUUUCCACAAUUUCAAAACCAACUACUGUUAGCAAAGUUCCUGCCACUACUACAGCAUCUAAGAUUUCAACACCAACCAAAUCAGUAUCAACUGCAUCCAAGACAUUAACACCAACUAAAUCUACUACUACUGCAUUAAAAAAACCAGAAACUAAAGUUGCAUCUCCAUCAAAAGUUAAAGUUGAUAUUAAACCAACAGUUGCUGCUGAAAAACCAGUAGAAACCACUGUCAAGGUUGAAGAGCAUGUCGAAGAACCAAUUGAACAAACCCAUAAUGAAGAAAAAGAGGAGAAAAAAGAUGAUAUUAUUGCUCAAGAGCCAAUUGAACAAAUUCACGAAGAUCAACACAAUUCUGAAGAAGAAAAAGAGGAAGAGGAAAAGGUAGAAGAAGAAAUUAUUGUUGAACAAACUCACGAAGAAGAAGAAAAGGUAGAAGAAGAAAUUAUCAUUCAACAAAACCAUGAAGAAAAUGAAGAGGUUGAGAGUGAAAAGUCAUCUGAACAAGAAGAUAUUGAAGAACAUAUCCAAGAGGAACCAAUUAUUAAUGAAAGUGAUAACCAAUAUAUCGAAAACAAAAUUUUAGAAUUCAAACUUAAUAAUGAUAUUAAUUUUGAUGAAGAAAUAUUAAUUGACGAGGAAACCACCAAAGAAGAAGACCUUUUUUCAGAAUCAACCAAAUCAAAAGAUGCUUCAGAUAAUGAAUCUGUUGAAGAACCAAGAAGAGAAGAGGUUUAUGAAACUGAAUCUAUCGAUGAAAAUAAAGAAAAAGAAGAAGAAGAAGAAGAAGAAAUUAUUGUCAAUCAACAAGAAGAAAAAGAAGAAACAGCCCAACCAAAUCAAGAAGAUAAUUUCAUUGAUGAAAUUAAACCAAAUGAAGAAGAAACAGCUACAGAAAAUAAAGAAGAGGAAUUAGUUGUUGAAAAGAUUGUUGUUCCAGAAAUUACUGAAGAAAAAGAACCAGAAACAAUUGAGGAAAAAGAAGAAAAAGAAGAAAAUAUUGUAGUUUCAGAAGAGGAACCAAUUGAAGAACCAGUCGUCGAAGAUAUUAAAGAAGAGGAGCCAAUUAUUGAAGAGGAACCAGUUGUUGAAAAUAUUAAAGUAGAGGAACCAAUUGAAGAGGAGCCAGCUGUUGAAGAGGUUAAAGUAGAGGAACCAGUUGUUGAAGAGCCAGUUGUCGAAGAAUCAGUUGUCGAAGAACCAGCUGUUGAAGAGCCAGUUGUCGAAGAAUCAGUUGUCGAAGAACCAGUUGUUGAAGAGCCAGUUGUCGAAGAUGUUAAAGUAGAGGAACCAGUUGUCGAAGAAACAGUUGUUGAAGAACCAGUUGUUGAAGAGCCAGUUGUCGAAGAAUCAGUUGUUGAAGAACCAGCUGUUGAGGAACCAGUUGUUGAAGAACCAGCUAUUGAGGAACCAGUUGUUGAAGAACCAGCUAUUGAAGAGCCAGUUGUUGAAGAUGUUAAAGUAGAGGAAUUAGUUAUCGAGUCAUUUGUUGUCGAAGAACCAGUUUCAGAACCAAUUACCGAGUCUGUUGCUGAGCCAGUUUUAGAACCAGUUGCAGAACAACUUACUGAACCAUUUGUUGAUACAGUUGAAUCAGAUGAUAAACCAACAGAAGAGCCAGUUUCAGAAACAAUUGACGAAGAAAAAGUCCAAGUUCCAGAAAUCUCAGAUGAUGAACCAACCAAAGAAUCAAUUACUGAAUUAGAAGAAUCAAGUGAAGAAGACGAAGAAAUCGUUGAAGUCCCAGAAAUCCCACAAGAAACAAUUGAAGAAGAGCUCAUCCAAGUCCCAGAAAUCCCACAAGAUUUAGAAGAAUUUAAAUUUGAAGAAAAAAAUAAAGAUCUUGACUUUACUUUUGAUCAAAACAACGUUAGUGAACAAGAAUUAUCAUUCGAAGUAACAGAAAACACAUUUAAACUCGACUUUAGCUUUGAAGAUUUCAAAACAACAACCAACGAAAACACCAAUAAUACUGAAGAUAGCACUUUAGAACCAAUUCCAGCCACUGAAAAAAUAAACAGUUUCAGUUUUAAUGAAGAUCUCGUUGAUUUAGACUUUUCAGCUUCUACUAACAAUGCUAACAUUGUUAUUGGUGAGGAAAACAAUAAUGAAGAUGAUGAAAUGUUCUAA